CGGGCCGGGGUUUAUCAAACCACGCGUUCUUCGCCACAUCCGUUCAAGUUGCCACAGUUUGGGGAGAGCUCCACAACAGACCUCGGCAGCGUUGCAACAAUGUCACCGCUCGUUCUCUGGUCCUUCUUGUUAGGACUUUUAGUUCCCCUGACUUUCGGACUGACAAGAACUGAUUUUUACCCGUAUGGCGUGGAGUAUGGAGACUCUGAGCUGCGCAAGGGCGAUGAAGUGAGCAGUGACCCCAUCCCUCUCUUCUCCCCCGUCUACUUCUACGGAACACGCUACCAGUCCCUUUUUGUGAGCACAAAUGGCAUCAUCUCCUUUGGCAAAGCUGUGUCAGAAUACAUCACCGAACGCUUCCCGUUGGAUGUGUCUGUCAUCUCUGUCUUCUCCACUGAUGUGGACACUGAAGCAGCAGGACAAGUUUUCUACAGAGAAAGCACUGAUCAGCAACUGUUGGUCCAGGCAUCAACUGCUGUCCGGAAGUACUUCCCUGACCAGUCCUCUGAUUUCAUGGCAAACGCACUAUUCAUCGUUACCUGGGUGGAUGUUGGAUACUACCCUGACGGAGAUGACAAGAGGAACACUUUCCAAGCUGUGAUUGCCACUGAUGGAACGAGGGAGUCCUUCGUGUUCUUCCAUUACGAGGCGGAUGGUAUCCAGUGGUGGAGAACCAUCCAGCGCCCUGGCAGGCGGUCCGCUGGAGAACUGCCAGCCCAGGUGGGUUUCAAUGCAGGCGAUGGAGAGCGCUUCUAUUUGGUUCCUGCAUCAGGCACAGAUGCUGUGAAGAACGUCAAUGGCUGGUCCAACAUGAACACAGGAGGAGCCUGGCUCUUCCAGAUUGGAGCCUUUGCUGGAUUCCAGAACAUCAUCCCCGCGCAGCCCAAGCUGGAGUCCCCCAUCGUGGACAGCGACCGUUCCACAAGCUUCAACAGGAACAGGGAGCCUCUCGUGGAGGUAGCGCCUGCACCGGUGGACAGAACUGGUCAGUUCAACAGAGAUGAAACCCCCAGCAAUCAGGACCCAUUCCAAGUGACCUUUUACAACCUGGAUGGUCAAGGUCAGUCUGCGGGCUGUGACUCGUGCCACCAGAAUGCCCGCUGUUCCAGACAAGGUUCAAUCAGCUGCUGUCGCUGUCAGGAGGGUUACUAUGGCAAUGGCAUCAACUGUCUUCCCGCAGGUGGUAGAGACAGCAAUAAUGUUGGCACCCCCCAAAGAGUGAACGGCAAGGUUGAGGGAACUGUGCGUCUGUCAGGUAAAGAUGAGGUUGACCUCCGGGACAUUGACCUCCAUUCCUAUGUGGUGGUUAACGAUGGACGUGCCUACACAGCGAUGAGCAGGAUUGAGGAGAAUGUUGGCUACGCCAUGCAGCCUCUGUCCACCAUUGGUGGCAUCAUCGGAUGGCUGUUUGGUCUUCCUCAGGCCAACGCUGUCAAUGGAUACACACUGACAGGUGGAGUGUUCAAGCGCUCUGCCGUGGUGACCUUCCGCCCUGGCAACCAGGUGUUCCAGGUGGAGCAGGACUUCCAGGGUGUGGACGAGUUUGGUUACCUCACCAUGACAACCAAGCUGAGUGGAGAGCUGCCCCCCAUCGCUGCCGGAGACAAGGUCGUGGUCGGAGAGUAUCAAGAGAUCUACCAGAAAACUGCUCCUGGUCUGAUCAAGUCCAUUGCCUCCCGUGGCUACACCGUUGCCAACCGAGUUUACAACUACACCUGGGACCAGACUAUUGAGUAUGAUGAGGCAGGUUGCAACCUACCAGCUGAAGGUCUGGUCACCGACUCCCUCCGUGUGGACGUUUCGCGCAAUUUCGUGUUCUUUGACAACAAGGAGGAAAUUGUGAGAUACGCCAUGACCACCAAGGUGUCACCCAUGGCAGGUGCCCGCUGUGUGGCCCUGGAGGGGCAGCAGUACACCUGUGAGUGUGUGGGAGGCUACACUGGAGAUGGGCGCAAUUGUCAAGAUAUCGACGAGUGCACUAGUGGAACGCCACCUUGUGCUCCCAAUGCCAACUGCAUCAACGAGAUUGGAACUUUCCGUUGUGUUUGUCCUCCUGGCUAUGAAGGGGAUGGCUUCUCUUCCUGCACUGCACUUUCUCCCCAGCCAUCUCAAAACCCGUGCUAUGACGGAACCAACGACUGUGAUUCUCUUGAGCGUGCUCGCUGCAUCCCUCUAGGCGCAGGGCGGUACAGGUGCGAGUGCAACCCUGGUUUCACUGGUGACGGCCGCACGUGUGUAGAGUUUAAGUUUGAGCACCCAUGUGUGGAGGGCUCUCACGGCUGUGAUGAGGAGACCUCCAUGUGUGUUAAGAGGGCCGGUCUGAGGUACGAGUGUAAGUGCCUGCCAGGAUACAGAGAGAAGGGCGACCACUGUGUUAAAGACUACCCCAACCCCUGUAACAAGACCAGUUGUGGCAGACAUGCAGUCUGCGUUGGUCGUUAUAACCCCGACAAUGACGAGGCGUCACUCAUCUGCAAGUGCAAGCCAGGGUUUGUUGAGGUGGCAGGGAAGUGCCGCCCCAAACAGUCUGUUGUCUGGAAGGGAGUCAACACGACAAAGAAGAACAAGAAUAAGACAAGGAGAACAAAAAGAGAUGCUGGAAGAACAGACCCCUUGUUCUGCGACUGUGAUGUUGGUUCCCCCUCGCGGGUGAAACGACAGCUCCGCUACACAGAUUUGAUGAAGAUUGACUCCAUGAGCCCUGCCAGCCAGCUGCAGAACCCCUGUGUGGGGAACAGGUGUGAUGUGAACGCAGUCUGCAUCCCCAACCCUGUACCCAGCGACUGCCCGUGUAAGCAAGACUACACCUGCAUGUGUCAGCCUGGCUAUACUGGAACUGGCUACAAUUGCAGAUCCAACCCCUGCCACAGUGGAGAGAGCAUGUGUGGCAUCAACGGAGUUGUCAGGAUGACCAAGAGUGCUUCCCUUCCUGUCAACCCCUGUUACACAGGGGAUCACAUGUGCGACAUUAAUGCGUAUUGUGUAGCAGGGGUGGCCAAUGAGUACGAGUGCAAGUGCAUGCCAGGGUACUCAGGCACUGGAUUCAGAUGUGACGCUGCCAGCCCCUGCUCAAACCAUGACUGCCACCCUGCUGCUGACUGUGUAGAGAUAAACGCCUUCAAGUUCAUGUGUCUGUGUGGCCCUGGGUAUGCUGGAGAUGGACGCACAUGCGUGCUCUCUCUUGACUUGGCGACCUCGACUGACCCCUGUGAACAGAACAGGUGUGACCCUAAUGCCCAGUGCAUCCCAUACCAGGACAGGUACUCAUGCAGGUGUAACCAGGGUUUCCAAGGAAACGGUCUACAGUGUACACCUGAGUUGAUUCAGCCCUAUGAUGCCUGCGCCCAAAAUACCUGUGAUCCAAACGCCGACUGCAUAGCCAUUGGGUCUGCCUACACCUGCAAGUGCCAGCCUGGGUACAUCGGCGAUGGGUUUGGCUGUUAUCCGGACAGAGGUGCUUUGACAGGAGAGACUAGACAGUCAGGUGUGUGCGGCUCAUCGAUCUGUGACGUUAACGCCAUCUGUGUGGACCGCGGGGAGGGAAUAUACACCUGCGAGUGCAAGACUGGUUACCGCGGUGAUGGCAGAACGUGCUCUGCUGCUAAUGCUUGUGAGCAGUCAAACCGGUGCCAUGAGAGGGCGGAGUGCAUCCCGCUUGGAAACAGUUACACCUGCCGCUGCCAGCUUGGGUACACGGGCGAUGGUCUGACCUGCACCUCUAUAUCCAGAGACCCAUGCAAUCCGAACCCUUGUGGUGCAAGUAAUCGCUGCCUUGCACAGGGUUCUACAUACAGAUGUCAGUGUUCCAAUGGAUUUCAGCUAGGACCAGCUGGCACAUCAUGCUUACGACAAGCAGUUGAUCCGUGUAACCCCAACCCCUGUGAUCCCAGAAAUGGCCGCUGUGUGCCACAAGGCUCCACAUACCAGUGUUUGUGUAACCCUGGUUUCCAGCUGUCUUCAGACAGAAGAACAUGUACUCCUAUAGCCAGAGACCCAUGCAGUCCGAACCCUUGUGAUCCUACAAAUGGCCGGUGUAUACCACAAGGCUCAACAUACCAGUGUACAUGUAACCCUGGUUUCCAGCUGUCUUCAGACAGAAGAACAUGUACUCGACAAGCAGUCAACCCAUGCAGCCCCAACCCCUGUGAUCCCACAAAUGGUCGGUGUAUACCACAAGGCUCUACGUACCAGUGUACAUGUAACGCUGGUUACCAGCUAGGAGCAGACAGAAGGACAUGUACCCGACAAGCAGUCAACCCUUGCAGCCCCAACCCUUGUGAUCCCUCAAAUGGCCGAUGUAUACCACAAGGCUCUACGUACCAGUGUACAUGUAAUGCUGGUUUCCAGCUAGGAGCAGACAGAAGAACAUGUACUCGACAAGCAGUCAACCCAUGCAGCCCCAACCCCUGUGAUCCCACAAAUGGCCGGUGUAUACCACAAGGCUCUACGUAUCAGUGUGCAUGUAACGCUGGUUACCAGCUAGGAGCAGACAGAAGGACAUGUACUCGACAAGCAGUCAAUCCCUGCAGCCCCAACCCCUGUGAUCCCACAAAUGGCCGGUGUAUACCACAAGGCUCUACGUAUCAGUGUACAUGUAAUGCUGGUUAUCAGCUGGGAGCAGACAGAAGGACAUGUACCCGACAAGCAGUCAACCCCUGCAGCCCCAACCCCUGUGAUCCCACAAACGGCCGGUGUAUACCACAAGGUUCUACGUACCAGUGUACAUGUAACCCUGGUUAUCAAUUGGGAGCAGAUAGAAGAACAUGUACUCGACAAGCAGUCAACCCAUGCAGCCCCAACCCUUGUGAUCCCAGAAAUAGUCGGUGUAUACCACAAGGCUCUACGUACCAGUGUGCAUGUAACGCUGGUUACCAGCUGUCUUCAGACAGAAGGACAUGUACUCGACAAGCAGUCAACCCCUGCAGCCCCAACCCCUGUGAUCCCACAAAUGGCCGGUGUAUACCACAAGGCUCAACAUACCAGUGUACAUGUAACGCUGGUUACCAGCUGGGAGCAGACAGAAGAACAUGUACUCGUCAAGCAGUCAACCCCUGCAGCCCCAACCCCUGUGAUCCCAGAAAUGGCCGGUGUAUACCACAAGGCUCUACGUACCAGUGUGCAUGUAACGCUGGUUACCAGAUGUCUACAGACAGAAGGACAUGUACUCGACAAGCAGUCGACCCAUGCAGCCCUAACCCCUGUGAUCCCACAAAUGGCAGAUGUGUUGCUCAGGGCUCUGUGUACCAGUGUUUGUGUAACCCUGGCUAUCAACUGUCAUCGGACAGAAGAACGUGUACUCGACAAGUCUUUAACCCAUGUGUUCCCAACCCCUGUGAUCCUACCAAUGGUCGAUGUGUACCUCUACAAGGCUUUCAGUACAGAUGUGAAUGUAAUCCAGGUUUUCAGCUGUCUGCAGACAGCAGAACAUGUCUUCCCGUACCCCCACCAAAUCCCUGUUUCCCAAAUCCAUGCGACCGAGUCCGUGGACAGUGCAUUCCACAAGGAUCGACGUUCAGGUGCACAUGUAGUGCAGGGUUCCAGCUCAUGGGGGAUGGACGGACUUGUGCCCAGCUGCGGAGAGACCCCUGCCAACCUAACCCAUGUGACCCGACCAAUGCCCAGUGUAUCCCAGAAGGAGACAACUUCAGAUGUGUAUGUCGGCCAGGAUUCCAGUUGGCUCCAGACGGAAGGACUUGUAAUGCCAUUACUAUCCCCCCACUAUUUAAUCCUUGUGUACCGAAUCCCUGUGAUCCAAUCAAUGGCCUGUGUACCCCGGAGGGAAGAAACUUCAGGUGCACCUGUAGGCCAGGGUUUCAGUUGUUACCAGAUGGCAGGACAUGUGCUCCAAUGGUUGUACGAAACCCUUGUGUACCGAACCCUUGUGAUCCAAUCAAUGGACAGUGUAUCCCAGAGGGAAGAAACUUCAGGUGCACCUGUAGGCCAGGGUUUCGGUUGUUACCAGAUGGCAGGAGGUGUGCUCAAAUCGAUCCUUGUGAGAACAACAACUGCGACUCUGUUAACGGCAGGUGUGUACCUGCAUAUGCUGCCGGAGGGGUGGUGUCCUUCAGAUGCGAGUGUAACCCUGGCUUUGCAGGAGAUGGCAUACAGUGCUUACGUCAGGACCCAUGCCUGAACAAUGACUGUGACACUGCCAAUGGCCGAUGUAUUCCACUAGGAAACACAUUUACCUGCCAGUGUAACCCUGGUUUUCAAGGGGAUGGAAGGACUUGUUUACGGACUACCCCAGUAGACCCGUGUGAGAACAAUGACUGCUCGGAGAAUGGCAGAUGUAUCCCACAAGGCAAUAGCUACACCUGCGAGUGCAACCCUGGGUUCCAAGGAGAUGGGAGAACCUGUACAGGGAUUGCACCACCAACAGACCCGUGUGAUGACAAUGACUGUGACCCCAAUGGUAGAUGUAUCCCACAAGGCAGUAGUUACACCUGCGAGUGUAAGGAUGGUUUUCAGGGUGACGGGAGAACAUGUACCACCAUUAACCCUUGCCAGGUAAAUGACUGUGAUUUGGUCAACGGACACUGUGUCCCCCAGGGUGGCACCUACAUGUGUGAGUGUAACCCUGGGUACAGUGGCAAUGGAAGAAGCUGUACCCGUAAGUUACUUGCUCCAAGCCCUUUCCUUUCUACUUUCAUCUUCUUCUGUCUUUGUCUUGUGUUUAAUUUUUCAGCAUCUCAGCCUAGCCACUGGCACCUACUGGCAUGGGGACCUCACAAGCCCUUUUCUCCCCAUACGGGAAUCAGUGUGGACCCAUGUGAUGGGAAUGACUGUGAUACAGAGAAUGGGUUCUGUGUACCCCAGGGGAACUCCUACACAUGUCAGUGUAGACCUGGCUUCCAGGGAGAUGGCAGGACAUGCACACGGAUUGCUCCUGCAGACCCAUGUGCAAACAACGACUGUGACCCAAUCAAUGGGCAAUGUGUGCCACUGGGAACACCUUUCACCUGCAUCUGUAAUGCUGGUUUCACACUUCUGGCGGAUGGCAAGACCUGCCUUCGACAAGACCCUUGCCUUGACAAUGCCUGUGACCGUAAUGCCCGCUGUGUGGAGGAUGCGAGCAGCCCGAUUGGUUACCAGUGUGUCUGUAAUGAUGGGUUUCUGGGCAAUGGCUUCACUUGCAGAGUCAAUGAUCCCUGUGAGAACAACCAGUGUGACCCUAAUGCCAACUGUGUGCCUGCCGGAGACUCCUACAGAUGUGCCUGCAAGCCAGGUUAUCAGGGAUCAGGAUUCUCAUGUACAGAGGAAGACCCUUGUGAUGCCAACAACUGUGACGCAAAUGCAGACUGCAUCAGAGAGGGCUCGUCUUUCAGGUGUCAGUGCAAACCACCCUUCACUGGAAACGGAUUCACCUGUACAAUUCCAAAUAUGUGCAUCUUCCAACCCUGUGACAUCAAUGCUGACUGCAUCAGCCAGCCUGGGUCCUUCAGCUGUCGGUGUCGUCAGGGUUACCAAGGCGAUGGACACUACUGCAACCCAAUCCCGGAUCCCUGCUCCCAUCCUGACUGCAGCCCAAAUGCCAAGUGCAUCCCCAACAUGGUAACAGGAGAGCAUACGUGCGAGUGUCUCCCCGGAUAUAUUGGCAACGGCAUUGUCUGCACAAGUAACACCAUUGACCCUGGACCUGUAGACCCUGACAACAAGGAUACUGACAACAACGGAACCCCUCCUCAGUGUUCGACCAAUGACUGUGAUGCGAAUGCCAACUGCAUUGCAGUUGGGGAUGGAUACAGCUGUGUAUGCAAGCAGGGGUAUGUGGGAGAUGGCAGAACAUGCACAGAACUGGAUCCCUGCAACCCAGAUCCAUGUGGCCCCAAUGCCUUCUGUUUGAAGCAUGGCACCCAGUGGAAGUGUCGCUGUAACAAGGGCUUCCAGGGCGAGGGUGACCAGUGCUUCGUGAUCGAAGGCCCGGAUCCUUGUCGCACCAGUGACUGCCACCCCAACGCCAACUGCCUUCCCACCAGCUCCUCCUACAGGUGUGAGUGCCGAGCUGGAUACAAGGGAGACGGUCGUCUCACCUGUAACCCUGCUGACCCAUGUGAUGACAACAAAUGUGACAGAAAUGCCAUGUGCAUCCCUGUCGGGCCGCGGUCCUACAGGUGCGAGUGUAAGAAUGGUUACCAGGGCAACGGAUUCUCCUGUGGAGCUGCUGCUUCCAUUCGGGCUGGAGAGGACCCCUGUGGCCACCUGGUCUGUGAUGUGAAUGCACGCUGUCUGUUCUUGGGGGGCAGGCCGAUCUGUCGCUGCAAUCAGGGAUAUGUGGGAAAUGGAUUCUUCUGCAAACCUGCAGUGCGGUAUGCACCUGCAAAUUGGCUGGACCCCUGCGCCAGCAAUGAGCACGACUGUGACAGAGACUUCGGCAGAUGUGUGUACGAGGGCCAGGGCAGGUACAGGUGUGAAUGUGCACCUGGCCAUGCUGGAGAUGGGAGGACAUGCAAUGCCAUAGCGGCUCUCCCCAGCCCCUGCGAAGAGGGGAGUCACAACUGUGACGAAAAUGCCGUGUGCAUUAAUGAGGGUGCAGGCAGAUAUUCCUGCCGCUGCAGACCAGGGUUGGUUGGAAAUGGAUGGACCUGUUACGCCACCCCUGUACAGCCCCCAGCCAACCCCUGUGAUCGGGCAGCUUGUGCCCCCCCUGGACAGGGCUUCUGUGUGCCCGUCAGUCUCACACAGUAUCGCUGUGAGUGCCUGCCUGGAUUCAGGGAUAUAAAUGGAGAUGGAAGGGUUUGCCAAGCCAUCCAGCCCCCAGGCCCUCAACCCACAGGCAACCCAUGUGACCGUGCCAACUGUGCACCCGAGGGGCAGGCCAAGUGCAUCCCUCUGGGCCCCACUGACUACCGCUGUGAAUGUCUGCCAGGGUACAGUGGUGAUGGGAGGGUCUGUACAGACAUGGAUGAGUGUGACCUGCUUGACCCUGCCUGUGACCCCAACGCACGCUGCAUCAACACAUUUGGGUCAUACCGGUGUGAGUGUGCGCCUGGGUUUGUUGGAGAUGGCAGGACCUGCUCUCCUGUCGGCCAGGCACCCCAGGCCUCUCUCCUGUUUGCCCAGGGCAUGUCCAUCAGCCGCAUCCCAGUCCCAGCCCAGGGUUACCGCGGGCAGAUAGUCGGCUCCCAGUCUGCAGCCCGCGGGAAGAAGGUGCUGGUGAAGGCAGGCAUGACCGCGGUGGGGAUUGACUACGACUGUGUGGAUGGGUACAUGUACUUCACUGAUGUCACCGGCAGGUCUAUCAGCCGUGCCAAGAUGGACGGCAGCCAGCCAGAGGUCAUCAUCAGCCAAGGCCUGAGCAGCCCCGAGGGUGUAGCUGUGGACUGGAUCAGUAAGAACCUGUACUGGACAGACUCUGGAACUGAUGUCAUCGAGGUGUCCAAGCUGGACGGUACAAACCGUAGGGUGCUGUUUAGGGAUGACCUUGUCAACCCCAGGUCCAUUGUGGUUGAGCCAUUCAGUGGUACCAUGUACUGGACUGACUGGAACCGUGAUAAACCAAAGAUUGUAACGGCCAAUAUGGAUGCCACCAACCGACGCACCUUUGUGGACAGUGAAAUUGCCCUGCCUAAUGGCAUCACCAUUGACUACCCAGCCAACCAACUCUGCUGGGCAGAUGCAGGCACCAAGAAGGUGGAGUGUGCCACCCUGGGCACAGCUGCCAACCGGCGCACAGUGUACACCCCGACUCAGUACCCCUUCAGCAUGACAUCUUACCAGGGCAGGCUCUUCUACACUGACUGGCAAAGGGAUGCAGUCCUUGCCAUUAACCCCCAGUCCCAGACAGAACAGGGCCCCCUGCCCCUCCCCCUGGGCUCCAGUGGAAAUCCCUACGGCAUCACCACCAUCACCAACACCUGCCGCAGGGGUGCCAAUGCCUGCAGCGUGCGUAACGGAGACUGCUCCCACCUCUGCCUGCCCAGACCUGGCAACCAGCGCUCCUGUGUCUGCCCCUCCAAUCAGUACUCCAACGAAGCAGCCUGUGUGGAGUAGAGAGUGUGGAAAGAGCCUCUCCAGUUUUUAACUUUUAACUCAAGAUUUUAAUCUCCACAAAAGAAGUGGAACUUCACCAAAGCAACUCUUUUCUUGGCAGAUGUGGAAAGAAUUUUUAAAAAUAUCCGUAUCAAUUGCAACGUCUUUCAUAAAAGGGUUAUAGUAUUGUCUUGUUGGUCAGUCAAGUUUGAUUGCUUGUUUAUCAGGUUCUGAUGACUUUUGACUAACUUAAAAUCCAUAUGCCAAAAUAUGCAAGGGAUCUUCAACUUGAAGCAUCCCCCUUGAGGGAUAUAAACCACAUCUUAUAGCCUCUGCCAAAUCAACUAAGUGGAACAGCUCUGUUUAUGGGAUCACACAGUUUUCCCUCUUCAACUUUCCUGUUAAAACAACCAAUUUAAUUUGAAUGGCCUUGGACAUUCCUCACAAAAAAACACUAUUUGCUGCCUCUGCUAGUCAACACAAGAGACAGUGCAGCAAUGGUGUUAUUCAGGUAAAGUGUAAGGUGCGAGUGUACGCCUGCACCAACCAGUAUUACUGUCAUUGCACUGCAUGCCAAGUAAGAUUUUAUCUAGCUUUUGUUAAAUCUUAUAGUGGACCUAUAAUGUAGGCACCAGAUUUUUCACAAAUGUAUAGUAGUGUGUAAUAUCUUGCUGUGUUAAAUGUAUCCUUGUUUUCUUCUUUGCCUAUUCUGUAAAAUUAGUGUAGUACUUGUAUUUUUUUCACUACAAUUGUGGUAAUACAUUUGUUUUUAUAAUGGAACCUUUUUUGUAUCAGGUGUAUUUAGAGUCAUGAUUGUUUUUACCUUGAUGUUUUAGCACUUUUCCAAGAACUUGUAGAUUUUUUACUAAUACAUGGACACAGAGAAUGAGCCUUAGGGAUAGAAAAGUGCACAGUAUGUUAUUGAGCACUUGAAGAAUGUAAGUUAUCACUUGAACUGAUGUAUGGUGCUGUUUCAACUUGUCUCAAUUUUUUUAGAUAAAGAAAAUACAUCCA